CAGGCCUAGUUUUUCCUUUCCAUGUCGAACCUUCUUCUUCUUCUCCUCUGUCUCUCCUCUUUCUUGCCGUCACAUCCUCAAGUCCAAGCGGCGACUCUACCUUCUGAUAUCUACGCGCUAAAAGCAUUGAAGGCCUCAAUCAAACCAAAUUCCAUCUCUCCCUGGUCAUGCCUCGGUUCCUGGAACUUCUCCUUCGAUCCUUGCUCUCUCCCUCGCCGCACCUACUUCAUCUGCGGCAUCUCCUGCAGUCCCGACUCCACCCGUGUUACCUCACUUACCCUGGACCCCGUCGGUUACUCGGGCACCCUCACCCCUCUCCUCUCCCAGCUCACCCAGCUUACCCAACUCGACCUCUCCGACAAUUCCUUCUAUGGCCCAAUCCCUUCCUCCCUUUCCUCCCUCAGUAAACUCGAGACCCUUUCCCUGAGAUCCAAUUCCUUCUCUGGCAACAUCCCUCCCUCUUUAACCAAACUCGCAUCUCUCGUGUCUCUGGACAUUUCCAGCAAUGCCCUCACGGGACCCCUCCCCGUUACCCUGAGUUCCCUCUCCAGCUUGACAACUAUGGACCUCAGCUUCAACAAGCUAACCGGUUCUCUACCCAGACUUCCCCCAAACCUGGUGGAGCUCGCUCUCAAGGCUAAUUCCUUAUCCGGGUCGCUAUCACAAUCCUUGUUCGAAGGAAUAACCCAGUUGGAGGUUGUCGAACUCGGUGCCAACAGGUUCACGGGAGCUGUACAAGCCUGGUUCUUCCUCAUACCGUCUCUGCAGCAGGUCGAUUUAGCCAACAACAGCUUCACACGAAUUGAGAUCCAGAAAUCUGGGAACGUGAAGAACAGCCAACUGGUGGCAGUUGAUUUGGGGUUCAACAGAAUCAAAGGGUACUUGCCUGUGAAUUUGGCGAGCUUCCCCCAAAUGGCGUCACUUUCACUGAGGUACAACAGGUUCCGUGGUCCAAUCCCCUGGGAGUUCUACAAGAAGGCGAGUGAUCAGAGUCUAAGAAGACUAUUCCUUGACGGGAAUUUCUUGAAUGGGAAACCUCCGGCGGGGUUCUUCUCAGGUGGGUCUGGGUCUUCGGUGGCUGGGAGCUUCGGUGAUAACUGUCUUGAGAGUUGCCCUGCUUCGUCCCAACUCUGCUCGUCUUCACAGAAACCAACCUCUGUGUGCCGACAAGCCUACGGUGGCAGUACCAGCCCUUAGUUUAGUUUUACUAUAAUAUUAGUGAAAUCAGUCCAUUUCUUAAU